AUGCCGCCGAAGCGAGAAGCGUCUGAGGCUGUGAAUCAGACCAUGAGCAAGCAAAAAGCAUUCAAGAGGCUCAAAAAGGAAAGGCCCAAGUCGGUGCCGUACAAUGACGGUGAAGAAGGGUAUCCACCUCUACCGGUCUACCAUCCGAGCUUUAAGAAAACAGAGAACAUGGUAAUUGAAACUUGCGACGUAAUGCUGGAAACCAUCAGGGAUCUCAAGGAGCGGGGAUUUCAAGACGACAAGAUCGACAAAUUUGCAGACAGUCUCAAUGAAUGCCGCUUCCUCGAAAAGAAAUAUCCGCCACCGAAGCGAAUAGGAUUUCUCGGUGACAUGGGAGCGGGCAAGUCGUCACUCAUCAAUUCACUGCUUGGUGUCAAUGUGACCAAGGAGAGCGACGGCACAAAGACGGGAACUCUUGUCAUCCAAGAAUUUGUCAAGGCACGCACGAAUCAGCCCAAGGCAUAUGAAGCAACCAUUUAUUUCCACAAUGCGGAGCAGAUCGAGAAAUUCGUCCAAGAAUACUUUCAGGAUAUCUAUGAAGAGCUGGUGGCAUCAAGAGACGAGCACACAAUCGAGGACAUGGACGAGUACGAGUCAAGGCGCGAUACUGCCUUGGAAUUCUUCAUGUCACUCCUCGGUGAUCAAUCAGACUUCCGCUCGAAGGAAGCCGCUAGGACUUACUUCCAGUCGGCGAUCGCAGAGGACCAACAUGCGGCCGUGAAAGCAGAGCUGUUAAGAAUGGUCAUUGCAUACCUGGACACACUGGGCUGUGAAGAAGGACGCGGCAUCAAGACCUUCUCUUCCAACAGGCUUCCCGAAAUUCAUGGAGAAAUCCUCAAGCUUUGUCGUCCAAAGGGGCGCGAAUUGACGUCUUGGCCUUUGAUCAGUCGAAUCCAGAUUCGACUGCGAAGCCGCUUGCUUGAUGAAGGCACCAUGUUGGUUGAUCUUCCCGGCAUAGCCGACACCAACCGCGCAAGAGUCGACGCCACGAUGGACUACCUCAAACGUUGCAGUGCGAUAGUCAUCACAACAAGUGUCAAGCGAAUCGCAGAUCAAUUACAGGUAGAAGAAUGCAUCAAGGAGUGCAAACGGUUGGGAAAGAUCGAAGACACAAUUGUGGUUGCAACAAUGACAGACAUCAUUACGACCAAGGAGUUUGAGGACGAAGAUGAGGCCGCCGAGGAAGACGAACAGCGUGGCUGGCCAACACAAGAUCUGAAAGAGCUCAAGGAGCUACGAGAAAAAGUCAAAGACUUGGAGGCUGGUGACGAUGAGCUUGAGGAGGAACUUGACGACGGACGCAAGAAACCCACUACUGCUUUUGAAGACCGUCAGCAAGAAAUUGCUCAAGAGAUCGAGAACGCUAAGGCUCGAGUUGAACAAAAGCACAUCGAAAUGCGAAACCGGGAGGCUAUAAGGGAGCUUCAGAGCAGAUAUGAGUUCGACCCUCCAAUCCCGGUCUUUUGUGUGUCGAACAAGAACUACCAGGCGCAUUUGAGAGGAUACGACUUAAUGGAACCUCCUACCUUGGACGUGAAAGCUUGUGGUAUCCCAUCACUUCGCCGAAUGCUCUAUCGCUUUCCUGCCGAGCCGAAGAUGGAGGUCUUGAGUAACAUCUGCCGAGCAGACCUUCCACUGACUCUGAAUUCGCUUGAAUUAUGUUGCGGAAAGCCUCUCUCAUACCAGAUAGCCAUUGUCGAGAAAGCUAUCGCACAGCCAAAGCAAGACUGUGUCACUAGCAUAUCAGAGGCCCGCCAACAGCUUGCGGCAGAAUUCCACAAACUCGUCCAUGGUUUCAUCUUAUCCCAUGGACCAAAUUGGCAGCUCCAGGCUCAAAAGCUUUGCAAUGAAUGGACCAGGCACAAUCAAGCGACUUUCCGGGCAAUCUGCAAGCACAACGGGCAGUGGGUGAGGAAGAAGAACCGCGUCUACGGAAGAGAGCAUUUCAACUGGAAUGCAGAGCUCGUACAGGUCAUGCAAGAGGAGCUGCAGACCCGCUUCGAUCCUCUCGAGCUUACUCUAGGGAAGCAUGAAAAGCUCUUCGUCGAACGGAUCGAUGGUAUCAUGGUCAAUCUGACACGGAAGCUGCAGACUGGUGCGUUUGUCAGUCUCGACCUCCAACCCCUCUUCGAGUCGUUCGACAUUCGCCGCAGGAAUAUCGCGAGCGAGGUCAAGGGAACGUUCCAAAAGCUACGCCAGAGCCUGAUUGACAUCCGAAGCGACGUGACCGCUUCUUCCGGCUCAGGCUACGUCCGAAAAUGCCUCAACGGCGUCUACGAAAGGUGUGCUCAAAUCGUAGGUACUGGAGCCCACAAGGAGCGCAGCAGAAUCUUCCACGAGAAAGUCGACGAGAACAUCUAUCUGGCAUGCGGCGACAGAGCGAAGGAAGCGUUUGCAAAAGCGCUCGCCCAAUGGGAGUCCAACACCACGCGUGAGGUUCUUGACGGAACUUUGACGCGGAUCGUGAAAGAUAUUGAGAAUUGCCUGCAGGACGCCAGAUGCAGCGAUCCCAGGGACCAGUGCUUUCGGGACCAGUUGUAUCAUGCUGUCCGUGGGACCAAAGCGAGACUGAACGGCCCGCUCACGGCGCUCCUCGAUGAAUGUGCAGCGUGCUUCGCCGAUGAGGCAAGUGUAGGAGCUGCCAUCAUAACAAAGGUAGAGGAGACCGAGAGUAGAGAGAUGGCGAAUGAGAGCGUUUAA